AUGGUGGAUGCGUCCGAACCAUGGCUGCCAGAUGAAGAGGAUGAGAUUGGCGAGGACAGCCUGGCGGGAGCUUCAUGGCUCACCUUCCUCCGGGAUGACGUCAAAGUCCAACUUGUCGCCUGGCUCUGUGCAUCUGCAGCCGCGGCCAGGCAUGCCGCGGCGCCGACUUGCCGGGGUCUUGCUGAGUGGGCCCUGGGCCCAUCACUUGUGCCCAGCAUCAUUGGCUGGGCCAUUGCCACACUGCUAUCGCUUGCGUGGCUUCUGCUUGACUUGCAGAUGGUCUUCACUUCAGAGCAGCGAGCAAUGCUGUUUCCUCCCUGGAGCAUCCUAGUGUUUGUGAAGCAGCCAGCCGUUGUCGGGUCGGUUGUUAUCUUUCUGGGCUACGAUGGCCGGAGCUACGUCAGAAGAGUUCAGGCCAUCGAUGAGACUGCCGCAUCAGCCAGGCUCCAGACAGUUGGAGAUCUCAGCGGAGCCCCGAGUGAUAGACCACUUUACAGUGCAGACGGGAGUGCUGACUGGCUCGAGGCCAAGGCGGUCAAAGGAACGCUGGCUGCGGGUCCUUUCCCGCUCCUGGCCGUGCUGAUGGUUGCCUUGGCCGUCACCAUUCUCAGUCCUCCUAUGGCAUUUGCCUUCUUUGUCACCAGCCAGCCCAUUGUGACGCUUUGGCUCCUGCUGUUGGCGAGCAUUGCCAUGAGCUUCUUGUUUGCUGCGUUGUCGUAG